CCCAAUGCCUCAUCGGCAACUGGCAACGGCGAGGAGCAUGCAGUAGUACAAGCAAUUUUGUGGAUUUAUAUCUGUUUUCAGUCUGAUUGUUGCCGUGCCAACUGCCACUUGCCUUAUAAAAUGCCAUCACAAUUCACAAGUGCUUGAAACCAUAGUAGAUAGUACCCUCUCUUUGGCACUGUCAGUUGAACUGAUGGAUACUGGCAUUAUUCUAUGAUACUGCUGCGUCCGUUCAAGGCUCUUUUGUUUGAGAAAAAGACUCAGAAGAGAGUGUUGAGAAGAGAAGAAACAAACGAAAAAAGAUGAUGGGGUGGUGGAAAAACAAGAGAGAAGUUAGACUUCUGGUGCACCUACUGCUGCCGCUAUGCUUUCACUGGAUUGCUGAAGAGAUGACUAAAUCAGUUCUUGUGGAUGUCACAACUGAUGCUCUUUGUCCUGGCCACUCCACUUGCGAAGAAGCCAUCUACCUCAAUGGUCUUCAGCAAACUGUUGUUGGAAUAUUCAAAAUGGUGGUUCUUCCGGUUUUAGGCCAACUUUCAGAUGAUUAUGGUCGAAAGCCACUUCUCCUUAUUACUGUGUCAACUACUAUAUUUCCAUUUUCCUUGCUCAUCAUCAGUAAGUCAAAGAGCUUUGUGUAUGCUUAUUACGUACUUCGCACAAUUUCUUUCAUCAUAAGUCAAGGAAGUAUUUUCUGCAUUGCUGCUGCAUAUGUGGCAGAUGUCAUUGAUGACAACAAAAGAACUACUGGUCUAUGCUGGAUGAUGGGACUUUUUUCUGCUUCCCAUGUCCUGGGAAAUGUUCUUGCACGUUUUCUUCCCGAGGAUAGCAUUUUUGUGGUUUCAAUUACCCUCUUGAUCUUUUGCUCUCUUUAUAUGGCUCUGUUUUUGCCUGAGACUGUAACUUCAGCUCCAAUAGGAGACCAACGCUUACCAUUCUUGAAGAAGGCAUUUAAGAUUGUUGAACAGCGAUAUAACUCAAUGAGACGUGCUGCAAUUAUUGUUAUCAGCAGCCCAGCACUGAAGUGUAUUUCUCUUAUUUCGUUCUUCUAUGAACUGGGGAUGUCUGGGAUCGACAGCGUCUUACUGUAUUAUCUGAAGGCAGCUUUUGGUUUUGACAAAAAUCAAUUUUCAGAAAUUCUGAUGGUGGUAGGAGUGGGUUCUAUCAUUUCCCAGUUGCUGGUGCUUCCCAGCAUCAAUCCGAUAGUUGGGGAGAAAGUUAUCCUGUGUGCAGCAUUACUCUCAUCCGUAGCAUAUGCAUUGCUGUAUGGCUUGGCAUGGGCUGCAUGGGUACCGUACCUUGCUGCUUCCUUUGGAGUUGUUAAUAUUCUUGUGAAACCUGCUACGUAUGCUCUCAUAUCAAAAGCAUCGAGUUCCAGUGAUCAGGGAAAGACGCAAGGUUUUGUUGCGGGCGUGCAGGCCAUUUCAAGUCUGUUGUCACCACUAGCAAUGACUCCAUUGACCAAUUUAUUCCUGUCAAGAAAUGCACCAUUCAACUGCAAAGGUUUCAGCCUUGUAUGUGCAUCUAUAUCUGUGGCUAUUUCACUGAUUUUUGCUUGGAUGCUAAAGCGGAAUCCUUCAAACCAGACCUCAGAGAAUGAUGAAGAAAACAUUGAAGCACCACUCUUGUCAUCAUAAACUAUGCUUACAGUAACCUCUGCGGACGACUUAAAGAGUCAUAUCCACUUAAAAGCCGUGGCCUUCUACUUGUCCACCCCGACUGUAAAACAUAAUUAGGUCAUCAUUCCAUGUACAAUAGCCAUUACCCGAUAAAUGUUUCGCUCCUUUGUCCUACUAUGUACAUACCUAUUUUUUUUCUUUUUAACAUAGUUCUUUUCGAGAACCAAAAAACAAAAAUGGACGGAACUAGAAUUGUUCCGAUUGCUUUAGUGGCAAAGAGUAUCGAGUAUAAGCUCUCAAGUACUUGAUCUAUAUUUUGUUUUUCACA